AUGAGCAAAUACUCGAUACAGACGAGCCAGUCUCGCGCGCUAUUAUUCAUGACGAGCCGAGUAUUCGUUUUCCUGUGCCUGAUAAUCAUACUUGUGAACGUGUGUACCUUUGAAACCUUCGAGCGCAUAGUGCCGACGCACACCAAGGCCCUCGUGGUAGCUUCCAGCUCCGCGACGGAGAAGGACGCCGCCUGGCUCGCGCGCGUGCCGCUCGACUGGUCCAUCUACCACUACCUGACGGACAAGCCUAAAACCCCCACGCUGUCCGUGCCGGUCAACCGGGGGAACGAGGCCAUGGUAUACCUGACAUAUAUCAUCGACCACUACGAGACACUCCCCGACGUCGUCUUCUUCCAUCACGACCACUAUCAGGCGUGGCACCAGCCGUUCGACGCUAUCUUCGAGGUUAGCAACCUGCGGGCUUCAUACGUCCUGGAGAAGGGAUAUGUGUCACCGCGAUGUCUAUCUGGUUGCGAGAAUAUCAUACAGCUGGCCGACGACGCAGUGGACAUCGUUGAUAUACACCUAGUGCCACGGGACAUGCAGCUCCGGACAUUUCUGACCGAGUUCUCCAACGACACUGCUUCAAUUCCGGACAAGAUUGCCGCGCCGUGCUGCGCACAGUUUGCAGCGAGUCGAGAUGCCAUUCGGCAGCGCAGCUUGCUGUGGUGGAAUCGGAUGCGGCAGUGGCUCAUAGACACGUCCCUGACGAGCUACAACAGCGGGAGACUGCUCGAGUAUACCUGGCACAUCUGGCUUGGGGAACAGGCGCAGUUGUAA